AUGGCCUCGACAACCACAGCCACGAGCCCCAGAGUGGCUACCACGAGCCCCAGAGUGGCUACCACGAGCCCCAGAGUGGCUACCACAAACCCCAGGCUGGCUACCACGAGCCCCAGAGUGGCUACCACAAACCCCAGAGUGGCUACCACGAGCCCCAGAGUGGCUACCACGAGCCCCAGAGUGGCUACCACAAACCCCAGGCUGGCUACCACGAGCCCCAGAGUGGCUACCACGAGCCCCAGAGUGGCUACCACGAGCUGCAGAGUGGCUACCACGAGCCCCAGAGUGGCUACCACGAGCCCCAGAGUGGCUACCAUGAGCCCCAGAGUGGCUACCAGGAGCCCCAGAGUGGCUACCAGGAGCCCCAGGCUGGCUACCACAAACCCCAGGGUGGCUACCAAGAGUCCCAGGGUGGCUACCAAGGCCACGAGCCCCAGGGCUACCAGCCCUACGAGGGUUACGAGGCCGAGCCGGGCUACGAGAGGAGAGCCCUGGGCCAGGAGCCCCCCGGGCCACCCCCAGAGCUGAACUCAAGGCCGGACCUGCCCCCCCCCGCCCCCCCUCCCCCCCCUCCGGGCUACCCCCCCGCCCCCAAUUACAGCGCCCCCCCCCCAAAUUUCAGCUCCCCUCCCCCCAAAUUUCAGCGCCCCUCCCCCCCCGAAUUUCAGCGCCCCUCCCCCAACUACGGCGCCCCCCCCCCUAAUUACUCGGCGCCCCCCCCCACGGGUCCCGACCCCCCGCAGCCCCCCCCGAGCCGGAAGCGUCCAUUCCAGGAGCCGCGGGGGAGGGGCCACUACGGGCACCGCCAGGAGAAGAGGGCUCGCUCCCCGCAGCCGCCGCCCGAGGAGGAGGAGGAGGAGGACGACUUCGACGACUCCCUGGUGGCCGUGGACACCUACAACUGCGACCUGCACUUCCGGGUGGCGCGGGACAGGUACAGCGGCUACCCGCUGACCACGGAGGGCUUCGCCUACCUCUGGUGUGGGGCCAGGGCCACCUACGGCGUCCGGCAGGGACGCGUCUGCUACGAGAUGAGGGUGCUGGAGGAGAUCUCGGUGCGGCACCUGCCGAGCUCAGAGCCCGACCCGCACGUGGUGAGAGUGGGCUGGUCCCUGGACAGCUGCAGCACCCAGCUGGGGGAGGAGCCGUUCUCCUACGGCUACGGCGGCACCGGCCGCAAAUCCACGGACGGGAAAUUCCAGAGCUACGGAGCCGCCUUCGGAGAGAGCGACGUCAUCGCCUGCCUGGCGGACUUCGAGGCGGGCGCGGAGGUGGAGCUGUCGUUCCUGAAGAACGGGCGGUGGCAGGGCGUGGCGUUCCGCGUGCCCAAGGUGGCGCUGGCGGGCCGGGCGCUCUUCCCGCACGUGCUGGUCAAGAACUGCGCCGUGGAGUUCAACUUCGGGCAGCGGCCGCAGCCCCUGCGCCCGCUGCCGCCCGCCUUCCGCCUCAUCCAGCACCUGCCGCUCGCCCAGCGCCUGCGCGGCACCCGCGGGCCCGGCAGCAAGGCCGAGUGCGAGAUCCUGAUGAUGGUGGGGCUGCCGGCGGCGGGGAAGACGACGUGGGCGGUGAAGCACGCGGCCGCCAACCCCGACAAGAAGUACAACAUCCUGGGGACAAACGCCAUCAUGGACAGGAUGAGGGUGAUGGGGCUGAGGAGGCAGAGGAACUACGCGGGGCGCUGGGACGUGCUGAUCCAGCAGGCCACGCAGUGCCUGAACCGCCUGAUCCAGAUCGCGGCCCGGAAACGCCGCAACUACAUCCUGGACCAGACCAACGUGUACGGCUCGGCGCAGCGGCGCAAGCUGCGUCCCUUUGCGGGGUUCCAGCGCCGGGCCAUCGUGGUGUGCCCCACGGAGCCGGAGCUGCGGCGGCGCACGGCCGAGCGCACGCGCCAGGAGGGCAAGGACGUGCCCGAGAGCGCCGUGCUCCAGAUGAAGGCCAACUUCUCUCUGCCGGAGCCGGGCGAGUUCCUGGACUCGGUUCACUUUGUGGAGCUGCAGCGCGACGCCGCCGCCGCGCUCGUCCGCACCUACAACCGCCAGGGCCGGAGCGCGGCCGCAAUGACCACAGGAGUGACCGCUGGAGUGACCACACUGACCACAGCGACCACACUGACCACAGGGACCGGAGUGACCGCACUGACCACAGGAGUGACCGCUGGAGUGACCACACUGACCACAGCGACCACACUGACCACAGGGACCAGAGUGACCGCACUGACCACAGGAGUGACCGCCGGAGUGACCGCUGGAGUGACCACAGUGACCACAGCGAUCGGAGUGACCACAGGGACCGGAGUGACCGCACUGACCACAGGAGUGACCACACCAGGGACCACACUGACCACAGGAGUGACCGCUGGAGUGACCACACUGACCACAGCGACCACACUGACCACAGGAGUGACCACAGGAGUGACCACAGGAGUGACCACACCAGGGACCACACUGACCACAGGAGUGACCACAGGAGUGACCACACUGACCACAGCGACCACACUGACCACAGGGACCGGAGUGACCGCACUGACCACAGGAGUGACCGCUGGAGUGACCACAGGAGUCACCACAGUGACCACAGCGACCACAGUGACCACAGGGACCAGAGUGACCACACCAGUGACCACACCAGUGACCACAGGAGUGACCACACUGACCACAGGAGUGACCACAGUGACCACAGGAGUGACACCAGGAGUGACCACAGGAGUGACCACACCAGGGACCACACCAGGGACCACCGCAGUGACCGCUGGAGUGACCACAGGAGUGACAACAGGAGUGACCACAGGAGUGACCACACCAGUGACCACAGCAACCACAGUGACCACCGCAGUGACCGCACUGACCACAGGAGUGACCACAGUGACCACAGGAGUGACCACACCAGUGACCACAGGAGUGACCACACUGACCACAGGAGUGACCACAGUGACCACCGCAGUGACCACACCAGUGAGCACACCAGUGACCACAGGAGUGAGCACCGGAGUGACCACCGGAGUGACCGGAGUGACCACAGGAGUGACCACACUGACCACAGGGACUGGAGUGACCACAGGAGUGACCACUCUGAGCACAGGGACCGGAGUGACCACACUGACCACAGUGACCACCGGAGUGACCACAGGAGUGACCACAGGGACUGGAGUGACCACCGGAGUGACCACUCUGACCACAGGAGUGACCACAGGAGUGACCACAGUGACCACAGGGACUGGAGUGACCACAGGAGUGACCACCGGAGUGACCACUCUGAGCACGGGCACCGCGCUGACCGCCCGGCCGGACGGCGCCCGCAGCCGCCAUUCCGGAACUUUCCACGGCCGCCAUUCCGGAACUUUCCACGGCCGCCAUUCCGGAACUUUCCAUGGCCGCCAUUCCGGCCCCUUCCGUGGGCGCCGCGCGUUCCGGGCAGCGCGCAACCGCCCAG